CGCUGGCGAGGCCGGGAGGUCGGAGUGCCGGUUCUGCGUCGUGUUCGAUUUACGAUCACGAUUGUUUUUUGCCCCUGGGAAGCCAGUUUCCGCUAGUGGAAAGCGCUGGAAGCUCUCCGGGAUUCAACAGUGUUUGUAAUGAAGAACAUCAGACUCUGAGCUGUAACCUGAAUUCUUGUCCAAAAUUCAGCACACUGGCAGCAAGCACACGAAACAGAUUGCCACUUGUCCUGUCGGCGUCUUUGAGACACACUUGCCCAUCUAGGAAGGCACAGUGCAGGUAUCUGUGUGUUCUGCCACUUGGGUGCCAACCCGGACCGGCUCACAGACAGCCCCUCCUGUCCCACUUGGGCUGCUAUCUUCGCUCUCUCGGGGCCCCUGAGCAUCUGGGAGUCUCCGUGAUUGUUGGAAUGGUGAGCUUGUCGGCCACAGACUGUUACAUUGUGCACGAGAUCUACAAUGGGGAAAAUGCCCAGGACCAGUUUGAGUAUGAGCUGGAGCAGGCCCUGGAAGCCCAGUACAAGUACAUCGUCAUUGAGCCCACCCGCAUCGGUGACGAGACCGCCCGUUGGAUCACCGUGGGCAACUGUCUGCACAAGACCACCGUGCUGGCGGGCACGGCCUGCCUCUUCACCCCGUUGGCACUGCCCUUAGAUUAUUCCCACUACAUCUCCCUGCCCGCUGGUGUGCUAAGCCUAGCCUGCUGCACCCUCUACGGCAUCUCGUGGCAGUUUGACCCUUGCUGCAAGUACCAGGUGGAGUAUGAUGCCUAUAAACUGUCCCGCCUGCCCCUGCACACACUCACUUCCUCCACCCCGGUGGUGCUGGUCCGGAAGGACGACUUGCACAGAAAGAGACUGCACAACACGAUAGCAUUGGCCGCCCUGGUGUACUGUGUAAAGAAGGUCUACGAACUCUACUCCGUAUGAUUUCAGUAGGACCCACAGACCGGGAGAGAAGCAAGCAACCCAGCCCACCAGACACGAGUAUUCAGAUUGCCACAGUAACAGUUUAGCUCUGAGAGCCAUCGGAGCCUGGGAAGCUGUUUGGUUUAAUACUUGUUCUUUAAAGAAACAAAGCAAAAAAAGUAACACAGAUCACAAGUGUACCAAGGGUUUUUCGACUCAUUACACUAAGAUGUGGGUUUCUGACCCGCAGGAUCUGAGGCUGUGGAAGUCUGACCUGGCAGCGGGACUUGGAUGGAAGCAGCGCUACUGAGGGGGUGUGACCGUGCUUGGGAGGGGGGCUUUAAGUAUAUUGUUUAACUGUACCAUUCAGAGCCAACCAGAAGCUAUUGACCAUUAAAAUUAUGAGAAUUUCAA